CGAGCUGCAGAGUGAGGAUACUUGUCAUUUUUCUUUAGGUUGUGGACGAGGUGUUUCUUUAACAUGCCUGAACCUGCUAAGUCUGCUCCUGCCCCAAAGAAGGGCUCCAAAAAGGCGGUGAGCAAGGCGCAGAAGAAGGAUGGAAAGAAGCGCAAGCGUAGUCGCAAGGAGAGUUAUUCCGUUUACGUGUACAAGGUGCUAAAGCAGGUCCACCCUGACACUGGCAUCUCAUCGAAAGCCAUGGGUAUCAUGAACUCCUUCGUCAACGAUAUCUUCGAGCGCAUUGCGGGGGAGGCUUCCCGCCUGGCGCAUUACAACAAGCGCUCCACCAUCACCUCCAGGGAGAUCCAGACCGCCGUGCGCCUGCUGCUGCCCGGGGAACUGGCCAAGCAUGCCGUGUCCGAGGGCACCAAGGCUGUCACCAAGUACACCAGCUCUAAGUAAUUCUAACGUCUUCAUACCCAAUCCCAAAGGCUCUUUUAAGAGCCACCCACUUUUUCAGCUAUAGAGUUGUAAUUACCUGCAUAUUUUCUGUGUUUACCAACAGAUUUGGUUUUAUCUUGAUUUGAGGGGUUUGCUGCUGUGUAGGUCUAGAGCACAGUUCUUUUGAUUGCUUUAAGGCAAAAUGCUGUACUUAAGUUAGUGGUAGCAUAUUUGUUUUACCCAAAGUGCUGGUUACAAGGCUAGCCCAUUGUGCUGAUGUGCACAUUUUUCUUAUGUUGUGCUGUGAUGUGUCCCUUGUCAAACUGGUUUCAUAAGCAAAGAACUUUUGAAAUUAAGUAAUAUUUCUUUUGCUACUGACAGUGUGGGGAAAAAGAAUGUCUUCCUUAAUUCCGGUUUAGUCAUAACAGCAUUGGCAAGUUUGCCUGGUUAAAAUAAUAUAAUCAAAUUCUUCAAAAUAUAAGGAAAGCAAGACAAGUAAUGUGCAUGAAAACUGAAAAAUGUGAACACCGGUGCCUGGAUGCAGCACUAAUAAUCAAAAUUGUUCUUUGUUUAAAGAAAAGUUUGGCUACUGGCAAAAUAACAUUUGGGAGUAAUAACUGGAAGUCCAGGAGAGAAACACCCUUAACCCUAAAAUAUUUUGUUGUCACUUCCUCAAAGUUGUUUUUUACUUUUUUUCCUUCAAGGUUGACUUCAUAUAUCUUCAUUUUAUUCUAAUAGGCAAAAAUUGUGAUUUUUAAAUGAAAAAAUAAUUUAUGUCAUUCUACUUACAAAUACCACAAUUUUUCUAUUCUAUAUACUCA